AUGGUUUCACCAAGAAGUAUAGAGAGAAAUUAUCAUGCAGAAAACUCCAGGUCUGAAACUGUAGCUCAGCAGCAGAUAAUGGAAAAUCAGGAUCAUCUGAUUCGGCCGAAGAAACUGUUGAACCCUGUUCUAGAGUCGCCAAGCCACCGAAUGCUGCACCGAGAACUUCGGGUCAGCCAGAGAUGGGGGCUGUUGCCUGCUGAGAAGUGUGAGCUGCAGAGGGUGAUGGAGCAGAGGAGGCUGGCACAGCAGAGGGAGAGAGAACAGGCUCAGAAACCCCUCAGUGAUCUGGAGCAGGAACUGAGCAAGAGACGACAGAGAUUACUCAUGUAUGAACUGGAGGAACAGAAGAGACAAGAUGAUCUGCAGAACGUACCCGAGUUCGUGCACAUAAAGGACAACCUGAGACAUGUCCGUGUGUCGUGAAUUGAUCCCAAUCAUUUGGACUUUGCUCGCAAUCGUCAUAGAUCUGAUUAAGAAAACUUCUUUAUUGUAAAAGUUCCUUAACAGAGGUUCAAAUCAGCAGAGGUGGAAUUUCAUUAGAAUUUUAUUAUAAUAAAAUAACGUGAUCAAAUGCACUGGGUAACAAAAACAUUUGAUAAAAUAACAUGGAGGUAUAAUCUGUGGUUCAGUAGUAACAUUUGAGUGUGUUAUUAAUACAGUACACUGGGAAAACAUCGAACGUACAUAGUCCUGCCUGCUACAGUAUUUUAGGGACAGAGCUAGCUGAAAUAGAGAUAAUAUUAGUGACGUGAGAUUCAUCUUGUCUGUUAAAACCCAUUAAAUUAAGAAAAGAGAUGGAGGGGAGAAAGAAGGUAUACAGCAGCUGAAAUAUUCAAAUUUGUGAAUCCAUUUCUGUUGUCACUUUUAUACUGCUGAGCUUUCUGACAUCUGUU